AAGAUGCUGCGCGACCGGACCGUGCGACUGCAGUAUGGCAGCCGCGUGGAGGCGGUGUACGUACUGGGCACCUACCUCUGGACCGACGUCUUCAGUGCGGCUCCAGCUGGAGCCCAGACCUUCAGCCUGAAGCACUCGGAGCAGGUGCGGGUGGAGGUGGUGCGUGAUGGACAAGCCGAAGAGGUGGCCACCAAUGGCAAACAGCGCUGGCUUCUCUCACCCACCACCACACUGCGGCUCACCAUGAACCAGGCGAGCACUGAAGCCAGUAGCUACAAGGUCACCGUCAACUACUAUGAGCAGGAGGGGAGCACUCCCAUCGACCAGGCUGGGCUCUUCCUCACAGCUAUUGAGAUCUCCCUGGAUGUGGAUGCUGACCGGGACGGCGUGGUGGAGAAGAACAACCCAAAUAAGGCAUCCUGGACCUGGGGUCCUGAGGGCCAGGGGGCCAUCCUGCUGGUGAACUGUGACCGAGACACGCCCUGGCUGCCCAAGGAGGACUGCAGUGAUGAGAAGGUCUACAGCAAGGAAGACCUCAAGGACAUGUCCCAGAUGGUCCUGCGGACCAAAGGCCCUGACCGCCUCCCACCCGGGUACCAGAUCGUGCUCUACAUUUCCAUGUCGGACUCAGACAAAGUGGGCGUGUUCUACGUGGAGAAUCCAUUCUUUGGCCAGCGCUAUAUCCACAUCCUGGGCCGGCGGAAGCUGUACCAUGUGGUCAAGUACACGGGUGGCUCUGCAGAGCUGCUGUUCUUUGUUGAAGGUCUACGUUUCCCUGACGAGGGUUUCUCAGGCCUGGUCUCCAUCCACGUCAGUCUGCUGGAGUAUAUGGCUGAGGAGAUUCCCCUGACACCCAUCUUCACAGACACCGUGCUAUUCCGGAUUGCUCCGUGGAUCAUGACGCCCAACAUCCUACCUCCAGUGUCGGUGUUUGUAUGCUGCAUGAAGGACAAUUACCUGUUCCUGAAAGAGGUGAAGAGCCUGGUCGAGAAAACCAACUGUGAACUGAAAGUCUGCUUCCAGUACAUAAACCGGGGUGACCGCUGGAUCCAGGAUGAAGUUGAGUUUGGCUACAUUGAGGCCCCCCACAAAGGUUUCCCUGUGGUGUUGGACUCCCCCCGAGAUGGAUACCUGAAGGACUACCCAAUGAAGCAGCUCCUGGGCCCGGACUUUGGCUAUGUGACCCGGGAGCCCCUCUAUGAGCCCGUCACCAGCCUGGAUUCAUUUGGGAACCUGGAAGUCAGUCCCCCAGUAACCGUGAAUGGCAAGGCGUACCCCUUGGGCCGGAUCCUCGUCGGGAGCAGCUUUCCUCUGUCCGGUGGUCGGAGGAUGACCAAGGUGGUGCGUGACUUCCUGCAGGCCCAGCAGGUGCAGGCACCCGUGGAACUCUACUCAGACUGGCUGACUGUGGGCCAUGUGGAUGAGUUCAUGACCUUUGUCCCCAUCCCAGACACAAAGCAAUUCCGGAUGCUCAUGGCCAGCACUGCGGCCUGCUACAAGCUCUUCCGGGAGAAGCAGAAGGAGGGCUAUGGGGAGGCCAUCAUGUUCAAAGGCUUGGGUGGGAUGAGCAGCAAGAGAAUCACCAUCAACAAGAUUCUGUCCAAUGAGAGCCUUGUGCAGGAGAACCUGUACUUCCAGCGCUGCCUGGACUGGAACCGCGACAUCCUCAAGAAGGAGCUGGGGCUGACCGAGGAGGACAUCAUUGACCUGCCUGCUCUGUUCAAGAUGGACGAGGGCCGCCAGGCCAAACCCUACUUCCCAAACAUGGUGAACAUGAUUGUGCUCAACAAGGACCUGGGCAUCCCCAAGCCAUUUGGGCCCCAGGUCGAAGAUGUGUGCUGCCUGGAGACGCAUGUGUGCUCCCUGCUGGAACCCCUGGGCUUCUGCUGCACCUUCGUCGAUGACAUUUCCGCCUACCACAAGUUUCUGGGAGAGGUCCACUGCGGUACCAAUGUCCACCGGAAGCCCUUCGCCUUCAAGUGGUGGCACAUGGUGCCCUGA